AUGUUAGGCGGGAUCGGUUGUUUCGUCUCGUCCGCCAUUACCCUCUUGAUAUUUUUCCCCCGGUCCAUCACUCGUGAAUCGGGGUACAAAGCAAAAUUGUCAUCAACACCUACCGUCGAGGAUGUUGAUGGUGCCACAUCACCUCUUCCUGAUUAUUCUCGCCACGCUCGAAACAUGUCUUCCCCGAAGUCCCCCCGUGCCACAAGUGACGGUCAUUGGACCCAGAGCUCUCCAAUGAAUGCCUUUCGAUUUCCUAACGAAUCAGAUCAUUCUUUGACUUCGCGACAUCGAACGGCACGAGCAGUUUCAUAUCCUUCACACCGAAGAUAUUCCUCGGAGGGUGAAGCAAUCCCAACUUACUCGGAGUCCGAUCCCGAAACUACAAUUACAUCAACUCAGAGGCGACGGUAUUCCCCCAGACGACGGAGAGGUGGUGAUGGUGGUGGUGGUGGUGAGAUGAUAUGGGAGAUGCAACGCCCCAUCGAAAUGGUCACCGCGUACCGACAACGGCAACGUUCUCGACCCCAGUCAGAAGAAGAUCAUGGUCCCCAGAUGUGGGAUGAAGACGAGUUGUACAAACCGGAUCAGGGUAGAGAUGGCAAGAGAAAUACGAGUAACUCGGCAGUGGUGGUACUACCCAGCGACGGUCCGCCGAUAACAUUAGAGGAGGGUAUCUAUUUCCCAUCUCCGCGUUCUUCAUUUGUGCACCCAUACGUCAUGACAUUCACGUCUCCAAUCGAUCUUUUGGACUCAACGCUUUCCGAAAGCGAUAACACGCCUCGAGCGUAUUAA